CAACAACGCCAGCACACCGCCGGCGCGAGGCUUCAUUGAACCGUAAGUCAGUUCUCUUUCGCAUCUCAUCUCUCCCUUCCAUGAUGACAACUUCAAAUCAUAUCAGCGGCACAGCGUGAACAUUCACUUGCUAGCGCAUGUGCUCUAUGCUGUCUUCCGUUACAAAAUAGACUACAACGGUAUCUGAUCUAUCAAAAUUCGCGCAUGCUUUGCUCAAACAUGUUCGGAUCAACAUCUGACUUCAAACAGAUCCUUGUAGCUACACGCUCAAACCAGCAUGGCAACAGAGACCGUGGCAUCAGGGCCAGCUUCGACUCAAUCUGAGCCACCUAAGAUUGAUGCUGCUGUGCCCAAUGGCCAAAAGAGUGCAAAUAGCGGUCCUAGGAAGCCUCGCCAAAAGCGACCAAACUACAAUGAAAUUCACGUCAAGCCACUUCCGCUUGAUGUUCAUCCAUUGCCAGCCUUCAUCCCACAUAAUCCCUUAUCUAUCGUGAGGAUUGCCAUCACCCUUCUUUCACAUUCGUUGCGCACACCCAACUCGCAUAAGAUCGUUCAUAAGGCCUACUACUCUGAAGACACCCAGUCUAUUCAUGUCACAGAUCCUGAGUCUAUCCGCGCGCUUUGGGAGCAGGGAUUCUGGGGCAAGGGGUCGCUCAGCCGCAGUGAGCCGCAAUGGUUACUGGCCGAAAGGCGAAGACGCGGCAUCGAAGCCUCAACGGCGAGCACACAGAUCACGCAGGCACGAAGAGAAGAGCGCAGGCAGUUCAAGCUUGAGCGUGCGAAAGCGCAGCGAGAAGCAAUCGAACAGCAGCUGCGCCAGGAAGGCAAGCUGGACGCCGAUGGUACCGUCAAUGAUCUAGUCGAGGAUGGCAUCGUGGCCGAGUCGCCGAGAGGGACAAUCUACACUCCUGAAGCUGGCGACGUCGUGGGUCCCACUGGUGAUUCUAUCGUCUCAGAGGUUGACAAGAGCAUCGCAGAGAAAGCUCCCACAUGGGGCGAAGACGGAGCUGCAGACGCAGAAGAGAUCAAGGACAUCGAGCACUUGCAACUCACGCCGGAAGAGGCAUUCUACCUCACAUACGUUCUUGGCGCCCUUGACAUCAUCGAAGGUAACUUCGUUGACGGUAACACAGCACUUCCUGCGUGGUACCUCGUCCGGCUUUACAGCGCCUAUGCCUUGUCUCCCAUCGACGACGCCGCCAUCAUUGGCUUGAAGAAAGCCUUCCAGUACCGUGAGCGCCUCGCUAAAAAAACCGCCGCCCUACCGAGCACACAACAGAUAGCCCCGGACAACUCCUUCCUCCUCAAGUACGUCGUCUACCACCACUUCCGCUCCCUAGGCUGGGUUGUUCGCCCUGGCAUCAAGUUCGCCGUCGACUACCUACUCUACCUCCGCGGACCUGCGUUCCACCACGCCGAAUUUGGUGUGCAGAUCAUUCCGUCGUACUCGCAUCCUUACUGGUCCGAGACGCCAGAGCGUAUUGAGUAUCGCAAAGGGAAGGAGAGCAAGGACUGGUGGUGGUUCCACAGGGUGAACAGGGUACAGACAGCUGUUAUGAAGACAUUGGUGCUGGUAUAUGUUGAGGUACCACCGCCGUGGGAUGGAGAGACAAAGCAAGAUGCUUUCGGAAUCGAUAUUGGGAAGGUACUGAAGAGCUACACCGUCCGGGAAGUUGUGUUCAAGAGAUGGAGCCCUAGCCGGAACCGAGACUGAAGUCGCAGCAAUAGUUAGCAGACAUGCCUGCCAACUUCCUUCAGAGCACACAGCAGGAGGUUGCUGAAUCAGUGCUGACGUAAUCUUCCGACCUUAGUACCGCAGCUAGUUCUGUCGCGUCAGCACCGCGCAUGAGGUUAGCCAACAACAUCAACAACCUACAUCGAAUCAGACAAUUACGCCACGAACCUAAAACUGAUCUGUUGAGCACAACACCCGCGAGAUGAUCCGCUUGCUCCUUUGUGGGAUCCCGAAUAGCGAUCCGUUCGAGCCAACUGGAUGGUUCACUGGUCCGUCUUUGCUUUGGCUGGAGUUCUUCGAUAGAGAAGCCCUGCCAACAUGAAUGAAAACCCAAGACAUCCAAGAA